AUGGCCUCUUCCAAGACAUACACUACCAAACAAUGGGUCCUCGCCUCAAAGCCCACAGGGGCUCCCGUCCUUGAAGGUGACGAUGCAACCUUCAAGCUCCAGACCGUCACCCUUCCUCCCCUGCAAGAUGGUCAGAUUCUCUGCAAAGUCCAGUACUUUUCCAACGACACUGGUUUGAGGAAUUUUAUCCAGAGCACCGUGGCGCCUGAGCGGUUCUACGUUCCCACUGUGCCUGUUGGCUCGCCAAUGCGAUCUGGUAUCAUCGCUGAGGUCGUCGAGUCUGCGUCGCCGACUUUCAAGGCUGGUGAUCUCGUCAUGGACUUCCACCUUGGUACAUGGAGCGAGUAUGUUAUCCUAGAUGCAGCCAAUUCACAGGCUCUUUCGCCCCUUCCGGGCAACCUGCCCCUUACACAUUAUCUGGGUGCCUUUGGUGCAUCCGGCAUCGCCGCCUAUACUGGCCUGUACAUGGCCGGAGAGGCCAAGCCAGAGCACACCAUUGUCAUCUCAGCCGCAGCCGGCGCCACAGGGUCCAUGGCCAUCCAGAUCGCCGUCAAGAUCCUGGGCGCUAAGCGUGUCAUUGGCAUCGCCGGCUCUGACGAGAAGUGUGCCUGGGUGAAGGAGGAGCUCGGCGCGCAUGAGUGUAUCAACUAUAAGAGCCCAACUUUCCUCGAAGACCUCAAGGCUGCCACCCCUGAUGAAGUGGACGUUUACUUUGACAACGUCGGUGGACACGUGCUUGACGCCAUGUUGACACGCAUCAAGCGACACGGCACGAUCGCUGUGUGUGGUGCAGUGAGCAGCUACAACUCUGACGAGCCAAUGGCGCUGAAGAACUGGUUUGAGCUCAUCUCCAUGAGAAUCACUAUCCGGGGUUUCAUCAUGUUGGAUUACAUGGAUAAGGUGCCCGCUAUUCUUGGAGAGCUCAUUGGUGCUGCGGCGGAUGGACGUAUUAAGCUGCACAACUCGGAGACUGUGGUGGAGGCGCCUAUUGAGCAGCAGCCUGAGGUGUGGAUGAGACUGUUUAGCGGUGGAAACCAGGGCAAGCUUCUUACGAAGUUGAUUAUUUGA